UUAAAAAUGCGAGCACCGGUUUUGCGAAAAGUUAUUGACAAAAUUCUUUUCAUUUGUCAAAACACUGGAGUGUACAACACGCAUUAUUGCUCGCAAGUAAAACUCAGUGAGCCGAGGUGGAAGGUUGAGAAACAAAAGACCCUUAACUUAUCGCCAGAGGAAAAGAAAAACAAGUACGAUAAAAUGUCGGUCGUUACUGUGGAUAUGGUUGACCCUUGGAACAACUAUGUUAUAAGAAAUAGUACUGUAGAGAAAAGAAAGCAUACUUUGGACGAUGUAACGGAAUUUAAUAAGUUUAAAAUUGAUAACCAUCAGAACAAGAGCUUGGCCGAGAAGGUUUCUUUAUAUAAAGGCGAUAUUACACGUUUGGAGGUAUUGAAUAAUAUCCUUAUUGUAUCUCAUCUGAAGAGUUUAUUUGUUUGUUGGGACGCGCUUAUCUCAGGAAGUGCAAUUGUGAAUGCGGCUAACUCAAUGCUGAAGGCUGGUGGAGGUGUGGAUGGAGCCAUACACCGAGCAGCUGGUCCUCAUCUACAGGAAGAAUGUGACACCCUUGGUGGAUGCCCAACAGGAGAGGCGAAGAUCACAGGAGGAUACAACCUACCAAGUCAAUAUGUAAUCCACACAGUAGGACCUCAAGAUGCAUCGCCGGCGAUGCUAAAGAAGUGUUAUGAAAACUCUUUAGCGUUUCACAAGUCACAUAAAAUAACAACCAUCGCAUUUCCCUGUAUUUCUACCGGUAUCUAUGGUUUUCCCAAUCGUCUAGCAGCCCACAUCGCACUCCGGACUACGCGCCAAUUUUUGGAACAAAAUGAUCGAAUGGAACGAGUAAUUUUUUGCACCUUCAUGCCUGUUGAUGUAGAAAUCUAUGAGACUUUGAUGCAAAUGUAUUUUCCUGUCCAUGAUUGGAAUUAUGCUGAUGAUGCUAGAACUGAGACGUAGAAGAAGUAACUCUUUUGUUGUGAACAUUUCUUUCAAGGUAUAAGGCUUUUUGUUUUUUUUUUUAUAGAUGUAAUUUGUAAUUGUUUGUUGUUAAAUUUUGAAGGUUGUCCAUGUUAUUAAGUCUGAAUUAAAUGUUGCAAUAAAUUUGACUGUGAAAUGAAACAGCUAUUUUAAUACUUAGGGAAAAUGUUUUUGUUGUCCUUGAGUUUCGUUUGCUCGAAUAAAAGUGAUUAAUAAAUCCA